UUAUUUCACCUCUAGGCAAUUUUAAAUCGUAAAUAAUGUAAUUGCAAGUCUUUAAUUUGACAUUUGAAAGUUUCUGGCUUCAAUUGCUCAAUGUAGCAACUGUGAGUCGCUGAAUCAAAUCGUAUUAAUUGCAACUUGGCUGGUUUGAUAUCCAACCUCUUUGCACCAUCGAGUGUAUUAUAUGUGAUUGAUGGACGGAGCCCGUUACUCGCUCCGUGUGGUUGAUUAUUCGGUCGUAACAACCAACUUAAAUGUACGCGUGCGUGGAGAAAUGCCAGGCAAGCAAUUUGAGAAAUUGUGAUGCCGCUUCGGGAGUACGGCUAAUUAAAAACCCUGCUUUGUGCGAUCGUAUAUAAUCAGCGCAUAAAGGAGACCAUACCAAUUUCCUACUCGUGAUCCACAAAUUUGUAGACUUUGCUCGAAAAAAGAAUAAUUAACUUUCGCGUCUUUAAUUGUGCCGUAUAUUAAAGUGAAUCAAAAUUUUACGACACGUACUUACCAUUUUUCUGUUAACUCGCACAUUUAUUACUUAUUUUGAUUUUAGAAAAUUGUGGAUUCAAUGUUUUAGUUUACCAUGUGAUUAGAAACUGCGAAAAAAUAAAAUUGACCCAAAUUGUAUAUUUCAGUGAAAUUAUAGUGUAGUUUUAAUUAUAGUGUAAAGCGAAUUAUAAAAGUGAGAUAUACAUAGUGGCGGUAAAUUAAAUCGCGCGAUUGCUGCAUCGGUUUCCAGCAACACUCCGAUGCUUUCACAAGCCAAGAAAUUUUCGCUGCUAAAGAUCCCAAGCCGUAAACAUAAUUCGCAACGAACACUUUCAGUCGCACAAGAAUAAUGUUUUAAUUUGAUUCGUUCUGUCGCUCGCCGCUGGCGAUUAUCACAAUUGCGGAAGGAACGCGGUGGUUUAUGGCGUCUCAUGAGGACCGUAGAUUACCUAAUUAUCCAUUCAUUGAGGUUAACGAUGUAUAAUUGCGGGCCCCGGGAAUGCAAGUAUCCACACGACACACGUCCAAGUGUCCACGUUACGCCAUCGCUGGCAUUUGAAGCUAGGUUGACGCCGAAUCAUGACGCCGUGGCCUUUUACAAUUCUUAUCAAGCGCGACUUGCGAUUAAGCGCGCGUUUCUUUCACUCGCGAUGCGUAAUCGCGUCGGUCACAAUAGCAGUGAAAGUAAGGUUUCCGCGAGGUCUCGCGGACAACGCCGGGUCAGCACACGAGCCGUGAAACUGGAGUCGGUGCAUCCAGGAAGGACGCGAUACCUCGUCGUUGUCUCCUGCACGGGGAGGCAGGACGCCGAGGAAAGUUGCCUCCUCGGUAUCGAUUGUCACGCCAGGGCGACCGUCGGCCUCGUGCUCCGAGUUUUGGCCGACACCGCUAUCACUCUCGACGGCGACGGGGGUUUCAAGGUCAGCGUUUGCGGCCGUCAGCACAUCUUCAAGCCGGUGUCCGUUCAGGCCAUGUGGUCGGCCUUGCAGACGUUGCACAAGGUGUCCGGUAAGGCACGCGAGCAAAACUAUUUUCUGGGUGGACUGUCGCAUGACUGGGUUAGUUACUAUGAGCAACGGAUCGAGAGCGAUCGGUCGUGCCUCAACGAGUGGCAUGCCAUGGACAAUCUGGAGUCCAAGAGACCGCCGUCGCCGGACAGCGUGCGCACCAAGCCCAGGGAGAGAGAAGAGACCGAGCGCGUGAUUCGAUCGACGCUGAAGGAGAUCAUGAUGUCCGUGGACCUUGAUGAAGUUACCUCGAAAUAUAUUAGAGGUCGCCUUGAAGAGGAUCUCGACAUGGACCUCGGGGAAUUUAAACCGUUCAUCGAUCAAGAGAUGCUCACCAUACUGGGGCAAAUGGAUGCGCCAACCGAGAUAUUCGAUCAUGUUUAUCUCGGGAGCGAGUGGAACGCUAGCAAUUUAGAGGAGCUCCAGAAAAAUGGUGUAAGGCACAUCCUGAAUGUCACUCGGGAAAUUGACAACUUCUUUCCGGGCAUGUUCACGUAUCUGAACGUACGUGUGUACGACGAUGAGAAGACGGACUUGUUGAAGCACUGGGACAAUACAUUCAAGUAUAUCACUAAGGCCAAAAUGGAGGGCUCCAAGGUGUUGGUGCAUUGCAAGAUGGGGGUGUCCCGUUCUGCCUCCGUAGUGAUAGCUUACGCGAUGAAGGCUUACAACUGGGACUUUUCCCAGGCGUGGAAACACGUCAAGGAGAAGCGCAACUGCAUCAAACCUAACAACAGCUUCCUCCUACAACUGGAAACGUAUCAGGGCAUUCUGGAUGCGAUGAAGAACAAGGAGAAGCUCCAGAGAUCCAAGUCUGACACGAAUCUGAAAUCUCCCACGUCCGCGAAGGAUCAAUCAAAAAAGGAAGAGAAAUCGGAUAAUAUAGAGAGCAAUAUGCGGGAGGUUUCAGGUUCGGAGUUGAAGAAAACUAGCCAGAGACCAAAGAGUUGGUCGCCGAAUGUCAAAGUUGCUGAGAAUAUGUUACCUUCCGUUCCUUUGUCGCAGUCGUUGGAAAGUAUCGAUAAAGCAGGAAAUACGGAAGUCACACGGGAGGAUCUUCUUCGUGGCUCGAAUCAAAAACCGGCAAUAGAACAGGAGGCUCGCAAUGUUCUAAUGCCCUGCGACAACGGGCAAUCUUAUAGCGUGUCGCAGAACAAAAUAAUGCACCUACCCGCCCCAACCCCUGGUACACCUAGCGUAAAGAAUAGGAUUAGUAAGUUAGAAACUCAGGGACAGAAGAGGAAGGGCCUGGUACUCAAUUUAACCAAUCAGUUUGAAGCGGCCAGCAGUAAACCAUCAUCGCCGGGAUCCGACACGGACGCGAGGUCUCUACCUCAGAAUUCGAUUGCGGAGGAUAACGCGAAGCCAAUUGAGAACGGUCACUCGCAUUGCGAGCAGUCGCAGGAGGCGCGAGAUACCGUCUCGGCUUCCGUCUCGAGCGUUCCUCCCGGGAAGGAAAUUUGGGAUCCUGGUGAGGAGCAGAGGGAGAGGAGGAAGGAGACGAGCCAGGAGUCCACCGAGAUCAACGAUAAUAGUGAAUGUCUAGUCUGGACUGCAUCCGCGGAUGCAACGUGUGCUGAUUCAUGUGAUGACAAUAAAACUGACAGAAGCGUGAAUGUGGAGAAUGAGUGUGUCGCGAGUGUGACGGCGGAUACGACGAUUACAACGUCGAUUACGGCGACAACGACGACAACGACGACGGCGAUGACGGCAACGACGACGGCGUCGUCGUCAUCGACGUGUCACGAUGUUUUAGGAAAGAAAGCGAAGAAGGAUGGCGAUCCGUUCAGUGCCCAGGUGGACCGUGUGUUUGAUCGCGAGGAAAGACGGGGCGAGCCUGUCACGAGAGAAUCUCCGAGUCGGCAAAGUUCCUGGAGUAGUUACGACAGUGCGGUGGUCCUUGACAACAAUUCGGUGCACAGCUCGUGGGCCACCUUGCCAUCGAGGAACAGUUCCUGGGGCUCUUAUGACAUGCGGCCGUCCGAUCUGCUCGGUUCCAGCGGCCUGUUCCCGUACGACAAGGAGGAGAUACCGUGGCAUCCGGGCACGGUAAAGCGCACCAAGCAGAAACUGGAGGAGGGCACGACCGCGGGCGAGGUAAAGCGCGUGUGUACGCAGAGCUCGACGGCCGCGGACGACAAGAGCGACAGGCUAGCUGCGGAGGUAGACACGACUGCGGUCGAGACGUACAAUCCGAUGCUGUUGCAUCACAUGCCAUCGCCGACGCCGCGAAGAAGGGACUCGUCGCCCACUCAGGAACAUAAUCUUAAAGUAGAAACAAGUAGGGACUCGCCGAGUCCGGUAGGCAGCAUCGACAUCUCCCUCAUGUCUAUGCGCCAGAUCGGAAGACUAUCCACGAGCGCCCCCGCGCCAUCCUCCCUGUCCUCCGAGUCCGACCUGCCCCUGUCUCUGAGGUCCUGCAGAUCGGAAAGCGAGACGUCCAGCCCGUGCGUCGUUAAUACUACCCAAUGCCCUUCUGUAAAACACCACAAAAUGGUUUUGGAAAAUCUCUGCAACAAGUCCGUGUUCAGCAAGCGCUGUCUCUCCGUGGACGACUCACCAGAGGCAGAGUGUCCGCGUAGCACGUCUGGCAUAGUCAAGAAUCUGAAGAAGGAGUUCGAGGCGAAGUCGACAAAGCUGGAGAGGAGUCCGGAGAAUGCUUGCGAGGGCGAGAACGCGUCGCUGACCGCGCGACCCAAGAGGGACGUGAAGAUCAGGAGUCUGCCCUCGUCGCCGGUGAUCCCGCACAACGAGUCCAAGAUCCAGUCGUCGUCCAGCGUUGGUGAAACCAAAGACAACAAGCACGGCAGGAGGAGCGAGACAACGCCACCGUCGUCGCAGGACAACGUGGAGGAUCUCUCCGUCAGGGUGUUGGUGGGCAAGUACGAGGUCGCCAGGCCGGAGUCCAGGAAGAGCUCGGACGUGCAGUUGCGCGCGCACAAGGACAAGGAUUGGGACGCCAUGGAGGUGCAUCCGCCGGCCAAGUCCAAAAUCGCGCCCGAGUUCUCGAGACGAUCGGCGCCGAUCAUGAUCAACAAUCACCCGGCGCCUCUGUUCAACGAGACGCCGGAGGCGCCCGGCAGGCCGCCGGCGGUACCCUCGCCCAGCGUGGUCAUGGCCAGCGUGGUGGCGAAGGCAGCUAGCAAGAAGCAACAGCAGCACGGCAGGACCCAUCCCCUCGCUAGGCUGCAGGUCAGGCCUAGGCACAGCAGUCCCGUUUACAACACCAUGUAACGCGCUGGCGACGCUCUCGCUCGCGGAUUCUUAGGCGCGACACGAGCGCAGCGCGCAUCCAAUCCGGACGAGAGUACUCACGCGACCACGUGGGUACGUCGCCGUGACGAUGAAAUCGUGUGAUCUCUUUAUGUUGGCGAUGAAGAUUGGGUUUUCGGAGCCAAGACGGUCGCGCCUGUUGUUCUAAGACCACUUUCUUUUUCUCCGUCGUUCUCUUUCCCUUGUCAUUAUCGCUGGCAAUCGCUCGCAACAACCGUCGUCCUGUUCAUCCAGAGGAACGAUGAUCUUGUCAUUUCGAUAAUGUAUCUUAUUAUCUAUAAGACGAUAAUCUCGCAUAAACGCUCGGAUUUUUUUUACCGCAAAACAACAACAGGCGACCUUUAUGUUCCUUCUCGUCAACGUGUAUCUUGGCUUGGCGUUAGUUCAAUUAUUUUAAGCUGGAAAUGCAACAAUCACGAGGCUGCGCGUCGAGAAGGAGGUCAACGUGAAUUCAGGAAGAGAUAGUCGCGUUGUUAUCCUAUGUCACUUCGUCGUAAGUUAGGGGGCUCGGAAUCAAACGUGCGUUAAGUAAACGAAAAGGUGUAUCGCGCACGCGGAUAACUUAACGCGAAGCGCGGCGAAACGAGAGUUUUGAUCCGCGAGAGAAAGAGAAGGGGGGGGAAAAAAAAGAAAAAGAACCGAGCGCUCAGUCAGGCUGUGAAUGUAAGGUCUGAGCCUCGGGCGCAACGCUGACCUUUCUUCUGCUUCGCUUUCUUGAUCUUUUGUUUCUUUUUUUUGUCGAGUACGACGUUAUCGCGAUAAAUCUCCGAUCUUCGAAGCGACUUUGUCGAUUUUGUCGUAACGUGUAACAGGAAAAGUUAUUAUGUGACGAGACCUCGAGAUAAUGUAAUGUUAAGCCACACUAUGAGUAAUUUAUAGGUGAUAAUGUGAUGUAGAGUGAUGUACAGUGUGUGAGAGCGCGAUGUAGCGAGGUGUGUUUUCUGUUGAGCGACUGUCUUGCGGAGGCAUGAUGAGUGCGUACGGAAAGGGAGUACCGAAAUUCACGAGCUUCUAAUCGUUUCCGAAACCCCGAUGGUGACUCUUCCCCGAUCUUUCUCGUCAACGGCCAUACCUUGCAUGAGCGCGAAAGUUAAUGCAAAAUUAGUCAGCCGGUAGCGAUGUUGUAACGAAUUGUGAAUUAGAUUUCUCUUACAUUGUAAGAUAAUAAUUUAAUAUUGCACGUAAUGUACUGUCUCUUUAUCCAGGAGUGUGUGAUAGAUGCGCGUAUCAGCGAUUUCGACUUUAAUGAAUCAGAUCGCAUUAGAUUUCAUCGAGUUUGAGACCCGCCGCCUCACGUUUAAGAUAUACGAAUUAUACAGAUUACGUCCCCCUCUGCCGUUUGUGAUCCAGAAGAGCCCGUUGGGCUGAAACGAUGCGAAUUGUUCUCGCGAAUUAGGUACCUCUCUUUACUCAUUAAUUGUUAUUAACUUGCUCUUUGUACUCUUACUACUAUAGAUUGUCUUUAUCUCGAUUAAUUUAGAUCGGUUGAUCGUGUAACGCUUUUCAACGGCUGGCGAUGCAGCGACGACGAUAGUGCAUCAGGAAGUCCCGCUAUUGACUCUCACAAGUCGAGAGGAUAUGAUAAAAUAGGAACGAUACGUUGAUCCUCAUGGGUGCAUGCUUGUUACUGUAACUUCUCCAUCGAUCGACCUGGAGCACAUUGUGUCUAAGUGUCAAUAUUUUUUUAAACACAUAUCACCGACUCAUCGUUAAUUUUGUAAAUCGCGUCGCGGGAUUUAGUUAGACGGAAAAACGUAAUGAAGGAAACCCGAUUUCGCCGCGCAAAUUGACGACCAAUUUUAUACUCUGAUGUACUCUGACGAAUGCGACCGUUGCCAAGGGGCGCUUCGCGAGCGCGUCGCGAUUAUCGUGUAUAAAUAUAUUUUAUUACAAACACGUUUCUCAACCAAAAUUAGGCUCGUUGAUCGUUUAGAUUGUAGAUACGGGCAGAAGGAUGUCCUGGAACAUAGUAGUUUUCCCGAAUAGUCUGUUGGAUCGCACCUAGAGAUUAACUAUUAUCUACUUAUACAAGUUAAGUACAAUUGGAUGCGAUUUAAGAGGAGGAGGAGGAGAUCUGUGUUUUUCUUCUCCGCGAUGUCUCGCAGCCGGAGAUGACUCGUCCCCUCUUUCUAAGCGCGUUUUGCUAGAAGCCAAGUUUCGAAGUCUCGAAUGUGUUGCUCAGCGUAAUUGUCGAGUUUUGAGUAUACUUGAAUGCACAAGAUAUCCAGUGAUUCCCCAUGCGGAGUCCGACGUCGGAUACCGGAUCUCCGCUAAUCGCCGCGAGAGUAUUACGAAACAGGACGUGUCGUCUACGGCGCAAGUACCGAGAGGGAAAAGGGGAAAAAAAGAGGGAAAAAAAUAAUGCGAUGCGCUUUCUGCUCUCUCACCGUGUUUGUGCGCGAGCAAUCUUUUUUUUUCUACACCGUGUCGCUUUGUCAACCGAUGGAUUUGCUCGUGUCAAGUAAGUUUGUAUUGUCACAAGUCGAUGUGCUCAGUUUUAGUGAUUGUCCUCCUGAUCCCUGUCACCCCGUUCCUUCGACCUGCUCCAAUCCGCCCCCUCGUCUUUUAAGUCUUGCUUAAGUGUGUGCGUUCGCUCGAUACGAGAACUUGCUGUCAUAUGAGAAAUGAUGAUAAAACCGUACGUUGUUCUGUAUAAAUUUUGUACUAUAGUUUGUAUUAAAUAAAAUACAUUGUUUAUUGCUUGAGU